GCCACCCAGGCGAACAACGGCGAGAAAUCCCGACUAUAACCCUUUGCGCUUCUCCCUGGUCCACCAGUGGCCUCGGAACACCAAAAAAGCUCCCGGAAUAGCGAUUUUUCAGAAAAGCGCAAACAAUCCAGGAGCGACCAGAACCGCUAUCCUGAACCGUCAAUGGCCGCUCCAACAGGUCAGCGUCCCGAGUCUCCCAGCCCUUGUCCCUAUUCCCCAAUCUCGGCCCUGCUGCCCCAGCUGGUGUCACAAUCUCUUCCUCCUAUCGGAAACAGGACUAUACAGGUUACACAAAAAAGUGCAUAUUGUAUCAUUUUAAUUUACCAAAAGACAGAUUUUGAGACAUUGCUAACACCACAAAGCAUCCACCAACCCCACCACCCUAUCCAUACGUCCAGUAGGGCCGAUCACCCCAUCCUCCACGUCUCUACUCGCCACUAAUUGCACGCAUCCGCCACGCUACGCCUCCCCCUCCGGCUCAUGAGUUCCCACCAUGAAAAGUCGUUCUCUCUUUCUCCACUACAAACAGGCAGUGAUCAGCGUGAUAUCGUUCGUACUAUCUCAUCCGCGAACAGUGAUCCUUGUGCCGACCAUCUGUGUGUUCGUGCUAUCGUAUAAUGUGGCCUACGACUUCACCAUCAAACGAAUCAACUCACACCUCCCCAUCAGCAUUGACCAGCAUACGCUCUUCCAGGAGCUGGAGCUCUUCCCGGCAAUCGACAGUGCCGACACCCUCAAGGACGUGGUUGCAGGUGACUUCUCGAAGUCGCCGUUUCUUCAGUGCUUGACCAAGGUCAGUCUAUCCGAGGCCUCCAACGGCAGUGCUAGCGACAACAUUCUCAGCUUCGACUUCUUCCGCCAGCUCCACAAGCUCCAACACAUGUUGGUGGACUCAUACAAUGACAGCGUGGUGAUCAUCUCGCCGCUCUCGGACUGGCCCAUGAACAGGGUGCGCUUUGGCGACCCAGAGAUCUCGCCUUCCAUCUUCAACAUUUACCUCAUCAAGUACCUCAACUAUGACUUAAACAACCUCUUGACGUUCCUCUAUGUGGACCGCAUCGUCAAGUCCAACCAUCUCAUCAAGUACGCCAAGAACAUCCACGUCUACCUCAUCCACAACCACCGGGUGGACGUGGCAGGAGCCAUUGGUGCGUUCUUGUCGUCCACGUCUAGCCUGCUCCAAGUGGACGAGAUAUUGUCUACUAGCAAGCAGUCCAGCAUCCGUGAUUUCAUCCACUACUACCUCUACCAAAAAAAGAGGAACUUCUACGCCAACUUAUUUAUUACAUCCAGCAACUUUGCUAUUUUCACUUCCAUAAUAGCUUUCAUCAUCUUCAUCUAUAUUUCUAUAGCCAACGAGCAUAAGAUCAGGUCGAGUUUCGGCCUAGUCCUCGGAUGGUUGGUGGGCGUAUUCAUUUCGAGUGCUGCCGCAGUCAACUUGACCGUUCUAUUUCAUGGCUAUAAAUCCUGGAGAUUGAUCUUUGAACCCCUGACUGCAUUCACAAAGGCGUCAUUGUUAAUCACCAUUCUUAUCAUGAGCUCGAGAGGUCUAUUCAUCACCAUCUCGACCCUUUCCAAGUCCGAGUCGAACCUGGCAGACUUCCACAGGAGAUUAUACAAAUUUUACACCGGAUUCAAUGGAUUUCCUUUGAUUAUACCGUCGUACUUAUUCAAUAUCGGGGGAGUAUCGGGGGUAUACGGCAUUGGAACCCUCAUUUUGUAUUAUAACACCGAAGGAAAUCUUUACAAUUACUUCAAACUCAGAUGUUCAAAAGUAUUGGAGGUAUUCUUCAUUGCUUUAACACUUCAAGCAUUACUUCAGUUGAGCUACAUUGUGGGAAUUAUCAUGAUUGAUUUGAAGAGGGUCGACUACACUACCAUUCUCAACAACCAGAAUAUAAAGAAACUGAGUUCUGAUGACAAUUUGGUAAAUGCCAAUGACGGUGUUAAUUUCUUCUCAUCCUUUUUGCUUCAACUCAACAAGCCUCUGCACCUCAGGCCAAGCAGGACCUCAUCUCCUACUAGAUACUCAUUGGGCCAAUUUUUCUUGAAAGUUCGUUACUCCAUUAGGAGUGAAACUUGUUCAUGCGUCAUGGUGGGGAUUAGUUUGGUUGUAUUGCUAGGGGUAUUUAUCCAUUGGUCUUUAAUAAUUCCUUCCAAUCUCAUGAAUGACAACCAUAGGAUAGUGGACCUCGGAGGCUUAAAUAUUCUUAGCAAUACCAACAAUUUCAUCUACUACUUGGAAUUCUUGUCCAUUUUGAUCUUUAUUGUUGCAAGUUCCUUCAUUGUCUUCAGGCUUACAGGUGCCGUGACUCAGUCAGCGAACCAAAUCAUGGGUCUUAAGAGUUCUAUUUUCCUUGUUGAAAGCGAUUUCGAAACAGAGAAAAAGUACCUCAAUAUGAUUGAACUUCCAGGAGUUCUGCGAGAAGCCGAAAUUUUCCAACGUGAAUGUACUGGCCACUCUCUGGACAUUAUAAAGGUCAAGACGAACUCGCGGAGUUCGUUUGUCGUGUCGGUUGGCUUGGAUCAUAAGGUGCUUAUUUGGUCACCGUUGAGUCAACCCGUUCCCAAGCCAGUCAAUAUUGCUACUACAGUUCAAGUCAACGGUGUUGAACGAGAAUUCUGGCCCAUCAACCACGUUAAUAUAAGUGAUGGCGGAAAUUUCAUCGUGUUGAUGAACUACAAAUAUGGAAUUGUGAAGUGCUAUGAGAGAAAAGAUCUUAAUUACAAAUGGGAGACAAGCUUGCCUGAUGAUUUGAAAGAAUUGAUUAAAAACAAGAAUUUCAAGAUAGUGGAAUCAUUCUUUAGGAAGAGGACAGUUCCUGGAUUUUUAGCCAGAAAGAUCAUACAAAAACAGCGCGAGCUGCAACCAAUCGACAAUGAUUCUGUUGCUGGAACCCCAAAUCUUUCACGCUCUGCCAGAAGAAACAGUAACGUUUCGUUGUCGUCUAUGAACGGUAACUUUCCACUUCCACUUAGCCAUGGUUAUCACAAGGAUGCCGAAACCGAAAGACGUUUGAGCAGAGAUGAUUUUAUUGCAGUCUUGGAAACAGGAUAUUUAUUGACAUUCUCCUGUGUUGAUGGAAAGAUGAAGAUGUUGGACAUUCUCAGUCUAGUUUAUCCUGACCAUACUGGGCUCCAUUUGGUGUCGGUUAAGAAGGUAAGAACUCCUAGAAUCAACGACAGAAUUGUUUGCCAGGUGAGUAAUUAUGAUAUUAUCAUAGGCACUUCUAUCAACAACGGAUGGAAAUUCAAAAAGUUACAAGUCAAAGAGGGGUUCUAUAACCAAGAAGGUCAGAAGAUGAUUUCUGGCAUGAUGUCUCAAACCAACUCAUUUGGGAGUGACAAUAACUUCACCUCGGUGUACAUGAAUAAUUCCGCCUCGAAGCUUCAGAAUGAGCUGGCCUCCAAGAGUCUGUCCGCACCCCCACGACCUCUUAUUCAAGUCAAUAAACCAAUAAUAGCCCCUGUGGAGUUCGUGGGUAUGAUCGUGCGUGUCAAGAAUUUCACAGCAGAAUUAAUUGAUAUCCAGAGAGGUUAUGUCUUAAAAACAUUCAAUGUGGGUCACUUCAAACCCUCAACAUUCAAAGUGGCCCACCUGGAGCCAACCCAUUGCAAGUUCUGUGGGUGUGCAUCUAUUCAGUCAUUUUCAAUUGUGUACGAGGAUUAUGACCAACCUACGCUUAUUAUACACACAUUCAGAAUAGACAUCAAGAGAUCCAAGAAUAAUAUCUGUCUCAGAGUGGAAAGAGAUCCUAGAGAAAUCAGAUGCUUAGGGUUCGGAGCAGCCACCGAGCACCAAUACUGGUUCAACAACAUGGAAGGAUGGGAGUUAACCGAUGUAAACAUGAUUAUUGGAUUUCGAAAGAAGGGCAGUUUGAACGAUGAUAAUUACCAUGCAGAAGAAGACGAAUUUGAACCUGUUAUAACCGCUCCAAAAAUCCACUCCUUUGAUAGUAUGGUUGAGAAUUCAGGGUUGAUGUCCUUGCGACAAAGGCGAAAGCCCAAGUCCUCGCAAACGAAAAUUGUCCCCGAAGAUGGAUUGGAGGAAAUGUGGGAUGGAUUUAUCAUCACGGUGUUUGAUGGAAAAGAAAUCAGUUACCGAGUUCCGAGCACAGAAAAUCAUCGGAUCGACUUCCUAUCAGACAGAAUCAACUCUGUGGAGAAAUACGGCUACAAGUCGGCACUUAUGUGUACUUCCAAUAUGAUGGAGAUUUUCUAUCUUGGUAACGAAAAUCUCAUCGAAGACGACAUCUACUUUUCGGGUACGAACGCUACCAUCUGGUCGGUUUUGGAGGAUCAAACCAAGAAGAACAAUAGCAACAAGGAGAGCGAUGCUUUCAAGCUGAUGCAACCGUUCAAUAGCGAGUUGUUGUUCAUCAACAAAAGACGCAAGAUGUCGGAAAGAAUCAAGGGCAGCCGGGUGCAAAGACUCCAAGAAGGGGUCUAGGAGCAUGGAAGCUCAGGUGCAUGAUGCACCCUGCAACGACCACCGUACAGUGCUUCGUGCGCCAGAUGCUGGGGGCCACCACUGGUAGCAACAGUGAUGGAGCCUCCGAGCCACCACAGUCGCAACUGCCUCAAACUCCGAGGCUCGCAAUCGGCACCAGCAACCGUUGCUUUUACCCCUGGCAAACAAACCUGUCUUCCUCGGGUGGCCUGAUAUCCCAGGAUAUCCACGGAUUUCCCGGUUUCUCCCGCGUUUAUGCGGGUUCCGCCUUAUAGCUAGAUAAAAGAAAUGCACGUUCCACAUGACCUGAGAGUCACCCUC